AUGCCGCGCCAACAGAUCAACCUCGAGCCCUAUCGGGACGAGAUCAUCACGUUGUUUCAACACGGCAUCAGUAGUGACUCUAUCAGCCGCACUCUUGAGAGCCGGUAUAGCAUUCAAGUCAAAGAAAGAACUAUCCAGUCUCGGCUGCGCAAGUGGGGUAUUCGCAAACGCAGUCGGACCACGACAGCGGAUGAGGUGCUCCACGCGCGGAUCAAGGUGCUCUUUGUGCAAGAUAAGCUUACCGAUAAGGCAAUGUUGAAGCUGUUGCGGCAAGAUGGCUAUGAUAUCUCCGAGCGCACCUUGCGCCGACUGCGGUUCCAACUGGGGCUUCAUGCGAGGACGACUUUUGAGCAGGAUCGGGAUUCUGGACCGGUUCCAGGCCCGAUCCCUGUGCCUAUGCCUAUAACCAUGUCUGUCUCGGUGCUGGCAGCAAAGGAUGCUCAGGUAUCAUGA